AACCAACAACUACACUUGUUUCGAUCAGCUCUAAAAAAAAACACUCGUUUUCUAUAUUUGCCUUGUGUGAUCAUGAAUUCCUCCAUUUAUAUUCUUGUCUUUGUCCAGCUUUGGUUGUUGAGCUUACCAUGCAGAGAGAGUGUGUGCAUCCCAAGUGAGCGUGAGACACUUUUGAAGUUUAAGAAUAAUCUGAAUGAUCCUUCAAAUAGGCUUUGGUCUUGGAAUCAUAAUCAUACCAACUGUUGCCACUGGUAUGGAGUCCUCUGCCACAACGUCACUUCCCAUCUUCUUCAGCUUCACCUACACACUUCAGAUUCUGCUUUCUAUCAUGACUCUGACUACGGUGGUUUCUUUGAUUGGGAAGCUUAUAGGAGAUGGAGCUUUGGUGGAGAGAUAAGUCCUUGUUUGGCUGAUUUAAAGCAUUUGAAUUACUUGGACUUGAGCGGCAAUGAUUUUGAAGGUAAUCAACUUGAAGGAAACAUUCCAACUUCUUUGGGAAAUCUCUGCAACUUAAGGGUGAUAGAUUUAUCAUAUCUCAAACUCAACCAACAGGUUAAUGAGCUUUUAGAAAUUCUUGCUCCUUGUAUUUCCCAUGGACUCACAAGACUUGCAGUUCAGAGUUCACGACUUUCAGGCAAUCUGACAGAUCAUAUUGGGGCAUUUAAAAAUAUUGAGCAGCUAUAUUUUUCCAACAACUCAAUUGGUGGUGCUCUUCCUAGAUCAUUUGGAAAACUUUCAUCAUUAAGAUAUCUCGAUCUCUCUAUGAAUAAAUUCAGUGGAAAUCCAUUUGAAAGUCUUGGAUCACUCUCUAAAUUGUUAUUUCUUCAUAUUGACGGCAAUCUUUUUCACCGAGUUGUCAAGGAAGAUGAUCUUGCAAAUCUUACAAGCUUGACGGAGUUUGGUGCAUCGGGGAACAAUUUCACUUUAAAAGUGGGUCCCAAUUGGAUUCCUCAUUUUCAACUUACCUAUUUGGAAGUGACAUCAUGGCAAUUAGGUCCCAGCUUUCCAUUGUGGAUUCAAUCACAAAACAAACUUAAAUAUGUUGGACUAUCUAACACGGGGAUUUUCGAUUCUAUUUCCACACAGAUGUGGGAAGUACUUUCUCAGGUUUUGUAUUUAAACCUCUCUCGUAAUCAUAUCCAUGGUGAGAUUGGGACUACAUUAAAGAAUCCAAUAUCUAUCCCAACUAUUGAUCUAAGCUCAAAUCACUUGUGUGGUAAAUUACCCUAUCUUUCAAGUGAUGUGUCUCAGUUAGAUCUUUCAAGCAAUUCAUUCUCUGAAUCCAUGAAUGACUUUUUAUGCAAUGAUCAGGACAAGCCAAUGCUAUUACAAUUUCUGAAUCUUGCAUCAAAUAAUUUGUCAGGAGAGAUACCUGAUUGCUGGAUGAAUUGGACAUCUCUUGUGGAUGUAAAUUUACAAAGCAACCAUUUUGUUGGGAACUUACCCCAAUCCAUGGGUUCCUUGGCAGACCUGCAGUCUUUACAAAUUCGUAACAACACACUCUCAGGAAUAUUUCCAUCCAGUUUGAAGAAGAAUAACCAAUUGAUAUCCUUGGACCUUGGGGAAAAUAAUCUUUCAGGAACUAUUCCAACAUGGGUUGGAGAAAACCUCUUAAAUGUGAAAAUCCUCCGCCUUCGAUCAAACAGAUUUGGCGGCCACAUUCCAAAUGAAAUAUGUCAGAUGAGUCAUCUUCAGGUUUUAGACCUUGCACAAAACAAUCUGUCUGGCAAUAUACCCAGCUGUUUCAGUAACUUGAUUGCCAUGACAGUAAAGAAUCAAAGUACAGAUCCUCGUAUCUAUUCUGAAGCACAUUAUAGUACGUCUUACUCUUCGACGCAAAGUAUAGUUAGUGUGCUACUAUGGCUGAAAGGAAGAGGAGAUGAGUACAGAAACAUUCUGGGUUUGGUAACAAGCAUUGAUCUGUCAAGUAACAAAUUAUUAGGAGAAAUACCAAGAGAAAUCACAAGUCUAAAUGGAUUGAACUUUUUGAACUUAUCCCACAACCACGUGAUUGGUCAUAUUCCACAAGGCAUUGGUAAUAUGGGAUCAUUACAGUCCAUUGAUUUUUCGAGGAAUCAACUUUCUGGUGAAAUCCCUCCAACCAUUGCAAAUUUGAGCUUUCUGAGCAUGCUAGACUUGUCUUACAAUCAUUUGAAGGGAAAUAUUCCAACAGGAACUCAAUUGCAAACCUUUGAUGCCUCCAGCUUCAUCGGCAACAAUCUAUGUGGUCCACCACUGCCCAUAAACUGCAGCUCCAAUGGGAAAACCCAUUGUUAUGAAGGAAGUGAUGGGCAUGGAGUGAAUUGGUUUUUUGUCAGUAUGACAAUUGGAUUUAUUGUGGGAUUCUGGAUAGUGAUUGCUCCUUUGCUGAUUUGUAGAUCAUGGCGGUAUGCCUAUUUUGAUUUCCUUGAUCAUGUGUGGUUCAAACUUCAAUCUUUUCGCUUAGGUAGUAUCACUGUUUAGUGUUGCUUAGAAUACUCCGAUGUUUUAUCGUUGUAUUGGCAGGUUGAUCAAUUUGUAGUCAUUGCUAUCUUCUUCUCUUUUUUUUUUUCAAA